UGCUCUGAAAACAGAAGAUAGAGGGAGUCUCGGAGCUCGCCAUCUCCAGCGAUCUCUACAUUGGGAAAAAACAUGGAGUCAGCUCCGGCAGCCCCCGACCCCGCCGCCAGCGAGCCGGGCAGCAGCGGCGCGGACGCGGCCGCCGGCUCCAGGGAGACCCCGCUGAACCCGGAAUCCGCCCGCAAGAGCGAGCCGCCCGCCGCGGUGCGCAGGCAGAGCUAUUCCAGCACCAGCAGAGGAGUGUGUCAGCCAGGAGGAGAGGGAAGUCACCAGCCUGCAGUUCAGAGCAGGGUGCUGUCUGUCAGCAGGAAAGUGCUAACAACGUGUGGCCUGCAAGAUCAAAGGAACUCCACAACAGAUGAACUGGAGGAGCUGCGUGGAGGAGGUAUCUCAGUAACAAAGAAGACACAUACAUCUCAAAUUGAAAUUAUUCCAUGCAAGAUCUGUGGAGACAAAUCAUCAGGAAUCCAUUAUGGUGUGAUUACGUGUGAAGGCUGCAAGGGCUUUUUCAGGAGAAGUCAGCAAAGCAAUGCCACCUACUCCUGUCCUCGUCAGAAGAACUGUUUGAUUGAUCGAACCAGCAGAAACCGCUGCCAACACUGUCGACUCCAGAAAUGCCUUGCCGUGGGGAUGUCUCGAGACGCCGUAAAGUUUGGCCGAAUGUCAAAAAAGCAGAGGGACAGCUUGUACGCAGAGGUGCAGAAGCACCGGCUGCAGCAGCAGCAGCGCGACCACCAGCAGCAGCCCGGGGAGGCCGAGCCGCUGACGCCCACCUACAACAUCUCGGCCAAUGGGCUCACGGAGCUUCACGACGACCUCAGCAACUACAUUGAUGGCCACACCCCCGAGGGCAGCAAGGCCGACUCGGCGGUCAGCAGCUUCUACCUGGACAUACAGCCCUCCCCCGACCAGUCGGGUCUGGACAUCAACGGGAUCAAACCGGAACCCAUAUGUGACUACACACCAGCAUCAGGCUUCUUUCCCUACUGCUCCUUCACCAAUGGAGAGACCUCCCCGACCGUGUCCAUGGCAGAAUUAGAACACCUGGCGCAGAAUAUAUCCAAGUCUCAUCUGGAAACCUGCCAGUACUUGAGAGAAGAGCUCCAGCAGAUCACGUGGCAGACCUUUCUGCAGGAGGAGAUCGAGAACUAUCAAAACAAGCAGCGGGAGGUGAUGUGGCAGUUGUGUGCCAUCAAAAUUACAGAAGCUAUACAGUAUGUGGUGGAGUUUGCCAAACGCAUUGAUGGAUUUAUGGAACUGUGUCAAAACGAUCAAAUUGUGCUUCUGAAAGCAGGUUCUCUAGAGGUGGUCUUCAUCAGAAUGUGUCGUGCCUUUGACUCUCAGAACAACUCCGUGUACUUUGACGGGAAGUAUGCUAGCCCCGAAGUCUUCAAAUCCUUAGGUUGUGAAGACUUUAUUAGCUUUGUGUUUGAAUUUGGAAAGAGUUUAUGUUCUAUGCACCUGACUGAAGAUGAAAUUGCAUUAUUUUCUGCAUUUGUCCUGAUGUCGGCAGAUCGCUCAUGGCUGCAGGAGAAGGUAAAGAUUGAAAAACUGCAACAGAAAAUUCAGCUGGCACUUCAGCAUGUCCUACAGAAGAAUCACCGAGAAGACGGAAUCUUAACCAAGCUAAUAUGCAAGGUGUCUACAUUAAGAGCCUUAUGUGGACGACAUACAGAAAAGCUAAUGGCAUUUAAAGCAAUAUACCCAGACAUUGUGCGACUUCACUUUCCUCCAUUAUACAAGGAAUUGUUCACUUCAGAAUUUGAGCCAGCAAUGCAAAUAGAUGGGUAAAUGUAUCACCUAAGCACUCCUAGAAUGUCUGAAGUACAAACCUGAAAACAAACAAACAAACAAAAAAAAAAACAAAAUUAACCGAGACACUUUGUAUGGCCCUGCACAGCCCUGGAGCGCCAACACACUGCACAUCUUUUGGUGAUCGGGGGUCAGGCAAAGGAGGGGAAACCAUGAAAACAAAUAAAAGUUGAACUUGUUUUUCUCAUGCAUAUGAUUUCCAUUAUGCCUACAGAUAUGGACCCUUUUUCUGUCGAGACUUCUCGACCUCGAUGGUCGACCUCUGUUGACAGCAGCAUGAGGGUCCUGAAGUCGGACGAUUUCCUUUUUCUUGUAGCUCACUGCCCAGAGACUUUCUGCAGAGUCACCCAUCUGUCAGUGACAACAGAGAGUCCAGCAAUAAUCGGUGACUGGUGUGCAUAGCGGAGGUUGCGGCAUUACUUUGCACAACUUGCUCUUUGUUUCAUGAAGGAAGUUUUUAUUAUUUUUUUUUCCACCGAUUAUUGCCAAGUCAGCAGGAUGGCAUGAAAAGGGUCCAUGGCACUAGCAACAAUAGCAUUAUAAUAUAUUACAGGGAAAUGGGCAUGAAGACUAUAUAUAGCUCAAAGAGAUAUUGUUUAUAUAUUGUUUUAAUUAAUAUAAAAAUGUAGUUACUGGUGUAGCUUUUCCUGUUGAAUUGAUAAGGCACUUUCAUUUUGCACCUUUUUCUUUAAAUUAAAUGCUAGCGUGUUCACUGUCGUGUCGCAUGUGCACCAGAAACACAAGUUAAACUGAGAAGGCUUGGAAGGUACGUCGGGAGGUAUUUAUGCUGCUGUUUACAAGAGGACUUUUAAAAGACUGGCUGGUCAUAUCUAGAAAUCACCAUGUUAGAGGUUUUUUGUUUUUUGUUUUUUCCCACAUGUAAAAUUUAGAGUUUGAACUCUCCCUAAAUUACACCUCGCUUUUUGGGUAGUUUCAGGACAGAUGUGUUUAUGCUUCAUACAAAGUUGAAUGAUUGCUUGGUGCUGUGGUCUCAUACCCUCAUGCACUUUUUUUUUUUUCCUGGAAAAAAAAAAUGCCAUGUUCUGAAGGCAGUAUAGGGGGGGGCUUGUUUUAUAUAAUUCAGUGGUUAUAAUGACACAGUCUCAAAUUAGAAUUCUCAGUGCUUUGAGAACAAGUCAGUAUUGAGAAUAUUAAUUGGAAUCUAGCUUUUAUUAAAAGAAGGACCCAAAGAUUCUAUCUGGAGCAAACGCACACUCCCCAUGUGAGAACAUGAAGCAUUUUUUUGGAAGGUUUAUGUUCUUGGUCUCAUCAAGCAACCUACGACUAUUGCAGGGGGCAUUAGUUCUAGACUAGUUGUUUCUGAAUGCUACUACUCUCAAAUAUUGCUCUCCAUAUUUUAUAGACAGGGAUAGUAGGGAGGGUGAGGGAGACAUACAACAUUGCUCCAGUUUCUUACUUAAAUAUUAAAUAUCUUCAGCCUUUGAAGUGAAGUUGAUGCUUGCCGCAACCAUGGACUCGUAUUUAUCUUCACUAGAAAACUGUGGACUGUAAUUUAUUUUAUUAAUUAUUUAGAAGAAUGCCAGGCUUUUGUGUUCAGGGGAGAAACAUUGCAUUGUCUUGUUUGUGUGUGUGUGUGUGUGUUUAACAAUCCCAGUGGGAGAAGGAGGAAGAAACAGUCGGAUGAACACGUGUGUGUAUUUUUAAAACAAGUGACUUUUUGGGAAUGUAGGCACUUGGAAGAUGAUGUCAGCCACUCUAGGGUGAUAGUCAAACUAUUGGUACUACAUCAGAGACUAUGCUUGUUAAAGGAAAGAACCUUUCCCAUGGAGUAAAGGUAGCGUUCCUAAGAAGCCCCUUACAUCAGAGAACAGGUCUUGUCUCCCACAAGGGUCCCUCCAGAAUUUUCCACAGGAACCUGCGACUAAUUCCCAGAGCACCUGUUUUUAUCUCCACUGACUUUCUAGCUCAUUUCCUUGAGGGACUUGGGAAAGGGCAAGGAGUUACUCACACAGAGUGUGUAUGAAGUCUAAAAAUCUUUUUUUUUUUUUUUCAAAAAUAUAGUAAGGAUUUAACCAUAAAAAGAAGACAAGAGUAAUAUUUACUUAAAAUUGUUACAGGCAUAUUAAAUUGUGUGUUUAUAUAGAGAGGUGAGCUGUCAGCAUAUAGUAUUUAUAUUUGGGCAAGAAGGGUUAAGUCAAUUUUUUUUAUUUAAUUAAGCAUAGUUCCUUUAAAGAUCAAUAGUAUUUAUACUCAUAAAAGAGUACCAAGCUUAGUUAUUUAUUUGUCCACUUUUUCUCCUAUUGUUUCUCCUUUGAGAGAAGACAAUGGGGUGGGGGUGUUUUGGGUUUUUUUUUUUUUGGUCAGACUCACUAAAUUUGGGGAUGGUUCUAUUGAAGUAUAUUAACUUCUUUUUAACCAAAGCUUUCUGAAUAUGACCAGCCUCAGGUGCUAGUGCGUUAAAGAGCAACUAAACCUAAUUCCAGUGUCCAUUCAUGACAUCAGAAGAGCUAACUGAACUUCUUUAAGGGUGAGAGAGAGCAUAAUGAGGAACUUAGAAGAAUUUUGCAUGGACCUAAUGCAAAAAAAAAAAAAAAAAAAAGUGAUGCUCUAAUCUCAAUAAUAGUCAUGCCGUGGUGACAUUGCUUUGACAGCAACGCACGGUAGAAUAACGUGAUGCUGCUGCUCUGCAUAUCGGAAAGGAAAGCAGGUGGACUUGGAGAGGAGCCGAAUCGUAGAGACAGAGAUGUGCUCGGCAAGGCGAGGGAGCAAUUGACUAUUAUUUGGAUCUAAGAUGGGAUCUGAAGUUGAAAAUUCAGUUGGAAAAAAAAUUGGAAGUCCCAAAAAAAGAUGUGAAAAAAACUCUCCGUUUUUAGUUUCUUCCUUAUUAUGGAAACACCUGUAUGGUGACACAAAAUACUCAGUGGUACCAGAACAAUCAUUCUCAAUAGUUCUUGGAAUCACAUUAUCAUCAGCCAGGCUGCUAGAAUGCCUUUGUACAAUUGUUUUCUCACAUAAGGUAAAUAAGGCUUUUUGUGCAAAGCCCGAAUAACCUUCUGUUAUAAUGGUGUCCAGACGGUUGUACUGUUUUGUGAAAAAAACUGGCCUUGGUCACAAUGAAAACAAAAGUGCAGAUGAAAGUGCUUUUUGGACAGUUUACAAAUUGUGUUAAAGCUAUGGAUAUUUUUAAAGUGUACAGCAUCCUAAUUUGUGUUAAAGCUAUGGAUUUUUUUUUUUUAAGUCUUCAGCAUCCUGAUUCACCCUUCCUAAGUUAAGGAAAACAUGACUUAAGACACUGCUUCUAUGUUUGGUUGUUCUUUAUAGUGGGGAUACCAGAUGUCUGUGAGCGUAUGGGGGUGGGUUUGAGGGUCAGGUGAGGAAGGAGUGCGAGUGUGAGUGUGCGUGCAUUUGCGUAUGGGUGUGUGACGUGUGUGUGUGUGUGUGUGUGUCAGACCGCUUCUAGGCUACUAAGUGUCAAUGGAAAAGAAAAUGUAUUCAAAAUACUUAAAUCAAAACUAGAAGAUGGAAAAAAAAAAGAUUUAUUCUAUUCAAAGCCUUGUCUGGACCACUUUAGAGAGACUUCUAUUUUUUUAACCCUUCUAUAAAUAUUUGAUGGCACUUGAAAUAUUCCUGCAAUAAAAUGUGAUUUGUGUAAAGAAAAAAAAAGAUUUUGUAAUGUGAAACAAAGAAAGAAAGUAAUGUAAUUUUCUAAAAAAAAAAAUACAAACAAACAAACUUUGUAUUAUUUUCUUGAUGGAAUUUGUCUAUCUGUCUUUGGAAAACUUUUUAUUUCAUUGAAUGUGCCAUAGUAGAAAUAUGUGUUUUUAGUUGUAGACUAAGGAAUAGCUAGCAGUUUGUGUUCCGACAUUCCAAAAUGCAAAACCACCUAGUAGAAUCUUUCACGAAAGAGUUUCAGUAGUACGUAAGCUUCUCAUUGUUGCUUUUUUGCACAUGUUCUUCAUUCCUCUCUAGUGCAAUAUGUACAUAGAGCACUUGCGGGUGUACCUUGAUCCCUCAGGGAAAAAAUACAUAUUUGUACAGGUUUUUUUUGUUUUUUUGUUUUUUGUUUUUUGGGGGUUUUUUGCGCCUUUUUGUUUUUGGCUAAGGAAUGUCGAUCGAAUCACUUGUAAUUGUUGAGGGGCAGCCAGAUAAUAAUCCUAAAGCCACUGUUUCAAACAUUGAUUGUUUCAAUCAUCUGUCCUUCCAGUGCUAUUAUUUUAAGAUAAUAAUAAAAAGUUAUUUUCUGACA